AUGGCAAGCACUAUUCGAGUUCAGCAGCCUUUCAAGGCUCCCCCACGCACGUUAAUUUCACACACGCGGCCAAUAUGCUGCCGCUCGUCAUUAAGACGGGCAGAGCCACGGCUUUGCCAGCGACGAGCAAUUAGCAGCUACGGCUACGAGCAAGCCAAGGCUCUUGUAUAUUCCAAGUACGGCGAACCUCAAGACGUCCUCUCCCUCCACGGCCACUCGAUUUCGCCAGUCUCCGGAACGAACGUCGUGGUGCGCAUGCUUGUGGCCCCAAUUAAUCCCGCGGAUGUGAACCAGAUCCAGGGCGUCUACCCUGCGAAAGGAGAAAUGACCACCGCCCUGGGGACUUCGGAACCUGCUGCAGUUGCCGGCAAUGAAGGAGUGGCCGAAGUCAUCAGCACCGGCUCUGGCGUCAAGACUCUCAGCAAAGGUGACUGGGUCAUCAUGAAGAGCACCGGACUAGGCACAUGGCGGACACACAUGGCUAUCGACGAGAGCAAGCUGUUAAAGAUUGAUGACAAGCAAGGCCUGACGCCGCUGCAGGUUGGCACUGUCUCGGUUAACCCCUGCACGGCAUACCGCAUGCUGCUGGAUUCGGCGAAAUGGGGAUUCCGAGGCGACGAGUGGUUUAUCCAGAACGGAGCAAACAGCGGCGUUGGACGGGCUGCGAUCCAGCUGGGCAAGGAAUGGGGAUUCAAGAGCAUCAACGUCAUCCGAGGUCGAGAGAACAAAGAGGAGGAGGCGAAGCUCAAGCAAGACCUGUACGAUAUCGGAGCUACAAAGGUCAUCACGGAAGAAGAGCUGAUGAGCCGCGAAAUCAGAGACCAGAUCAAGGAGUGGACGCACGGUGGCCGCGAACAGAUCAAGGUCGGACUGAACUGUGUCGGAGGGAAGCCAGCCACCGCCCUGGCCAAGUUUUUGAGCCCGGGAUCGACAAUGGUCACGUACGGGGCCAUGAGCAAACAACCACUCACGCUCCCUGCCUCGCUGUUGAUAUUCAAGGAGAUCGCCUUCACCGGGUUUUGGGUGAGCAAGUGGAGCGACCGACAUCCCGAUCAGAAGAAGCAGACGGUGGACGAUGUGCUGCGGCUCACCAGAGAAGGCAAGUUCAAGGAUAUACCAGUGCAAGAGUGCAAAUGGGGAUGGAAGACCGAGGUCGAUACGCUCAAGGCGGCCGUUCAAGGCACCCUGGGUGGUUUCAGACCAGGCAAGGGAGUGUUUGUGUUUGAAGAGACGUGA